AUGUCGGAUGUGUCGAACUCCUUCUCAGCUUGGGAGACCCUGCCGGAGGACGAACCUCCGCUGCGCAUCGCAGUUCGAUGCCCAGAGUCACCUCCACGCCACUAUGACGCGGUUGGGCGACGACCUGUGGUGAAAACUAAGCUCGUCGUGGCAGGUCUGCUUAGUUUGGGAAAACGUCUCUUUGCCACUCCAGCAUAUUCACUGCCUCAGUACCCUGCACACUGGGCCCUGCCGUCUCAGACGUCGGACGGUAUGGCGACCUACGCCGACCUGCAUGCCCUUCUCGGAGCUGCAGAGCGUAUCAAAUUUCACGUGAUUGCUCUGCAGGAGACCAAGUGCAGAAGGAACGACGUACGACAGAUGAAUGACGGUACACUCGUCAUUCGUGGAGAGAAGGUUCCGUCGCGAAAUGUAGGCGGUGUUGGUUUUGUUGUGCACCCAUCUGUCGUCCAUCUCGUCGAUUCUCACGAGAUCCUGUCACCUCGUCUGGCCAUUCUUCGCCUCCGCCCUCUGCGCCAAAAAUCCAUCAGUAUCAUCAACUGCUAUUCACCAACACCAGCAGCUGAUGAUUCCGAAUUGGACGCGUUUUACGAGGAGCUGGAGGAAGUAGUCGACAACGAGAAGUCCUUUUACAAAUUCGUUGUCGGAGACUUCAACGCAAAACUAGGAAAGGCCACAGAAGAGGAAUACAGGAUUGGAAGAUUUGGACUAGGGGACCGGAAUGAAAAUGGCAAUCGUCUCGCCGGGCUGUUGUCCGCCGCUCGCCUCUUUCAUGGGAACUCUCUUUUCAUGAAAAAAGAUCAUCGUCGGUGGACAUGGGAAUCGCCCAAUGGCGCGACUCGUGCGGAGAUCGACCACAUACUCACCAACCAGAGGUGGUGUCUACUUGACGUCUCAGUAGCACCAUCCUUUUGUAGUGGUUCUGAUCACCGUCUCCUUCGUGCGAAAAUACGACUUAGCCGCACGAUGGAAAAGAACAUCUGCUAUCGGCAACGAAGGAGAAAAGAAGUCGUCUACGACGAUUGCGUACUCGAGGACUCCUUGUCCCAAGGUGACUGGCACAUCGAGGAGGACCCAAACGUGGACUACGAGAUGCUGCUCAGAGGAUUACGAGCCUGUGCUGAACGUGCCUCGAAGUCGCGCACGACAAACUUGGAUCGAAUUUCGAAGACCACCAAGGAAUUGUUAGGAAGAAGAAGGGCUUUGAGGCUUGAUCCGAAUGCACCGCACAUUGAGCGGGAUCUCCGCGAAUAUAAUAGUCCUCUAGCAGCCUUGCUGAGCGAAGGCGGGAUUCGCACGUCUUCUCAUCGUGAGAUCGAAAUCACUGCGGAUAGGUUCUACUCGAACCAUUUCCGUUCAUCAACUCCUGUGUCAAGCCCGAUCAUCCCCACUGGCGAAGCUCCACCACGGAUUCUCCCUUCGGAAGUACGAGUCGCUAUCAAGAGCAUGAAACCUGGCACAGCCCCCGAACCUGAUUUUAUAUCAGCAGACUUUCUUCGGGCUGGUGGCCAUCCGCUUCAUGUAAUCUUAGCAGCGCACAUGACAUCCUAUCUUCAGAAAGAAAGGAUCCCAGACCAGUGGAAGACCUAG